UGCUGAAUUAAAAGUAACAGGAUCUCUCAGGCCACACUUCCUGGAUACCGAUGGCAGCGCGUCGUAUCCAAGCAUGGCGGCGUGGCGUUGUUUCAUUAUUUUGAUGUAUUUAGAGAGCGCGCUUUGCACCGACGACACGAACACUACAGGACACGCUACUAUCCCGCUCAGAGACUCAAACAGCACGUCUUCCGGUCGAAACGAGUCGCUUGAUUUCACGGAUCCGGGACUCAGCGGAUCUCCGGAGGAUCCCCGGACUCCCGAAUCCGUGACGGCUUUCCCGGAUCAGACCGAGUCCUCGGGCACGAGCACCGAAUCCCCGCGAGAUGAAGAAGGCUUGUUUUCUACACCGGAGGUUCACACGGACUCUCUCGUUGAUCGGUUCUUUGGGUUCUUUGGCCGUUCGAACGCGACGACUACAUCUCAGAGCCCUGAUGCAGGAAAUUCUUCAGGAUACCGGUAUGGAGAAGUCAUUGAAACGGUGAAUAAGGCUGAAGUGCAGGCUUUCUUCAGCUUUCCUUCCUCUGCAGGAACGGCUCACUGCUUGGACUCAAACCCUGCCGGUUUUCUGAAGGAGCAGACGAGCAGAUGUCUGAGGAGCUUCGACGUGGCGCGGGACUGUGAGACGCUUGGAGCUCUGCGCCUGGAGACUUACGUUGAUUUCAGCGUCCGCUCUGUGAAGAUCCGGGAAGCGAAGGUCGUCGGCGUGGAGGUGUCAUCCAUCACCCUGCAGUCUUUCGAGGGCACUCGGACCCCGGCCGACCCGGCGGACCCCUCCUCAUACGCUCCCGUUCUUCUGGAGUCCGUCGGCGUCUGCAACAACGUGGUUCUUCAGGUGAAGUACACUUUGAGGUACAGCGACGCCGGGGAGAUCCUCAACGCCAGAGCAUCGCUUUUGCUGGGAGCCGUUAAAAGCGUCACGGUGCCCAUUCAGCAAGAGUUUCAGAUCACAUUCUUGCAGGAUGUCUCUAGCGCAGCGGUGCUGCCGUUCAGUGGUAAUCCUGGCUAUGUGUCGGGACGACCCCUGAUGGCUGGGACAAGAACAGCAGAUGGGAUAGUUCAGUCCGCCGACCCGACAGGAUCACUCAGCGUCCUCCAGAGCUCGGCGGAUCAGGACUGCUUGUCCGGGGCAUCUCGCCGCUCUCCUGUCCUGUUCGGGAUCGACGUGGUUUCGGGCUGCACUCUGAAGUUGUCUGAUGGAGUUAACUGUUCUUUGGUAUCUGAAGUCAUUUUGUGGGCGUUGAAAGGCCAGAGCUUUCCGGACCAUGUAGCCUCGUUCGGGAAUUCCUUUCCUCAGAACCCCCUGGACUGGGUUCCCAUACAGAACCAGACCACAGCCUUGGACACGCAGGCUUGCAGCAUACCGCUGUCUUACCAUCUCGAAGUCAAAUGGACCAAAUACGGCUCUCUGGUGAACCCCCAGGCUCAGGUCGUGAGCGUCAUGGAAACAGUCAUUACUAACAGCAGCAGCUUGGCCCUUCUCACCAGCGCCGAUGGUCUUCUGUCGGUCACGAGCUCCGUGAGUUUUGUGGACGUCUCUGCGUCUGCCAGUCCAGGAUUCAGAGUUCCUCCUACAAUCGAUGCUAAACUACCCUUCGACUUUUUCUUUCCAUUCGUAUAAUGAAAUGUAUAUCUCUUUUGGCAGCAACGUGGAAGGAGGACCACUGUCUCUGUAACCAUGUUUCUUUGAAAGUUGUGUCUUACUCGAAGUUUUAGAUACUGUGUAUUUAUUAUCUAGUCGUUUUGUAUAUAAUGCACUGGUUCUCAUUUAAAAAAUAAAGAAUAUUUUCAUAC